CACUAAACCUCCAAACCAGCCAACCAACCAGCCAUGUUCACCUUCUUCUCCCGAUCUCAAACAAGCGGAGGAAAAGGCGGCUGGCAGCGCAUCGGCCUCACCUCCGACUUCCCGGACAUAGACUCUCCGGAAAACAAUGGCGAUUGUCGGGUAACAUCGCAAUGCAAGGCUUUUACGAUACCGAAGACCCCAACGCCAGGGUCAAGUUCCGCACCGGUUGAAGCGGAGAUUGAUGGUCCGCUUGAUGAUCUGAAAGAUCAGGUACUUGUGUUUAAGUAUAAGGGGAAGGUUCAUGCUAUUGAUCAUCAAUGUCCGCAUUCCUCAUUCCCACUGUCGCAGGGAAGCCUGUUUGAUAUUGAGGAUUUUGGGAUCACGCUGAGUGCGGGGAUAACGUGCCCUAAGCAUGAUUGGUCGUUUGAUCUUUUCUCUGGGCAGGCGGAUCGGGGCAAUUACAAGCUCAAGGUUUGGGAGGUGCAGUUGCGGGAUCUGUCUGAUCCAAAGGAGGGUGGGGGUGAUGAGAAGGAAGUUUGGGUGAGACGCAAGCAGCGGAUUGGGUAA